AAGAAAUUCGGUUUCGAUCAAUUUCAUUAAGAACUUCAUUUCUUUCUCAAAGAUGUCGAGAGUGAUUGCAAUCGCCUUGAUGUACCUUGUGUCCAUCUCGGAUACCAAUUCAGGCCAAGCUUCUGCUUGUAACUUAGGACCAAGGUUAAACUGUUAUUGUUCAUUCGUAGAAUCUGUUGGAAAAUAUUCCGUGGACUGUUCAGGACUGAGGUUCGAUGGUGGUCCUAUUGGUACUCUAGAGAUAGUUAAUCCUGGAGGUCGGGAUAUCUAUCGGAUAACCUUUCGAGACAGUGGCGUAACUGACAUUGUAGAGAAUGCCUUCGAUAAUAUGCCGAAUUUGUUUUCAUUGAACUUGAGAGAUAACCAAAUCACAGCUUUCCCAGCUAAUGCUAUGCGAAGAUUACAGCUGGUUGAAGAGAUAGAUCUGUCAUAUAAUUACUUGACGGAUAUACCGAACGAUACAAUGGAUCAUAUGACAAGUCUACGGGAUUUUGAAGCACAAGGAAAUAGACUGACAACCAUCGGUUCCAAUGCAUUUAUAGGACAAAGUAGUUCAUUGCAAGAGAUCGACUUUAAAUACAAUCAAUUAACUGGAAUUCCCGAUGCUGUGAAAACCCUUUCUGCACUUCGAAUUUUAGAUAUGAGCUACAACACAUUCUCCCCUUCGAAUCUCCCGAGUGGAAUUUUCAACAACAUGAAUGCAUUGACAAGUCUUGACUUACAGACAACGUAUAUUCUGAAUAUCGAUCCCCAAGCUUUUGUAGGACUUGAAUCAAGCGUGGACCGAAUUGUAGUCGCCAACAACAACCUGACAACACUCGAGAGGUGUACAUUCGAGAAACUGACUGCUCUGACCACAUUAUGGGUAGAUUCCAAUCCAUUUGUAUGUGGGUGUGAACUGGCUUGGUUAGAACGAUUUUUUGCCUCGUGGCCUGUGUGGAGACAGGCAAGGUGUCGACCAGUGUCUGGUGGAAGUGAAGUCAACAUUACGGACUUUGUCUCCCAAAACUGCGGAGGGUACCAACCACCCGCCUGUCCAUAAACAACAAAACUGAAUAAGAACUUGAUAUCAAUGACAUCAUCAAUACACCCCACAUGUGACAGUUUUUAUGGUAAACUGGUUAAAGUCCCCGUCUAAAGUUUGAAAAUAUUUUUUUAUCAUUCAUUUACUAUUUGUCAGGACUUAAAAAGUGGUUUUAGAGAUUUCUGAACAAAAAAAAAUUUUUGAAAAAAAAGUUGUGAGCAUUUCAUUUCUCAAAUAUUCAAAU